AUGGUGAGAGGGCCAGACCGACAUCCCGAGAGAGGGAGCGGGGGUGGUUGGAACCGGCGGGAAGCGGCUGUGGGGGGACUCACGCCUCCCUGCAGUCAGCUCCACUAUGUUCGCCCCGAGUUCUCCUUGUCCAGCUCGGCCUCAGUCCUCUUCAGCCAUGAGAUGGCGGCUGCGCUGGCAGCUGGGCCUCCGGGCGUCCUGUCUCUUCCCUGUGUAGUGAUUGUGCCCUGGCCUGGAGCCCUCUCUGGGCAGCUCUGCACCAGUAGCCCCGCAUCUCUCCCAGAUGGUGCAGAGACCAUGGGAGGAACCUCAGGGCAGAAUCCUGACUCGGGACUCACUGAAGAGAAGACUUACAAGUGUGAAGAAUGUGGCAAAGCAUUUAGCCGAUCUUUAACCCUAACCAGACAUAAAAGGAUGCACACUGGAGAGAGACCCUACAAAUGUGAAGAAUGUGGCAAAGCAUUUAGCCAAUCCUGUGUUCUAACCAAACAUAAGAGGCUGCACACUGGAGAGAAACCCUACAAAUGUAAAGAAUGUGGCAAAGCAUUUAGCCAAUCCUCAGCCCUAACCAAACAUAAGACGAUGCACACAGGAGAGAAACCCUACAAAUGUGACGAAUGUGGCAAAGCAUUUCUAUGGCCCUCAACCCUAACUAGACAUAAGAGGAUUCACACUGGAGAGAAACCCUACAAAUGUGAAGAAUGUGGCAAAGCAUUUCUAUGGCCCUCAACCCUAACUAGACAUAAGAGGAUUCACACUGGAGAGAAACCCUACAAAUGUGAAGAAUGUGGCAAAGCAUUUCUAUGGCCCUCAACCCUAACUAGACAUAAGAGGAUUCACACUGGAGAGAAACCCUACAAAUGUGAAGAAUGUGGCAAAGCAUUUGUAUGGCCCUCAGGCCUUUCUGGACAUAAGAGGAUUCACACUGGGGAGAAACCCUACAAAUGAGAAUAAUGUGGCCAAGCAUUUAGCCUCAACCCUUAUUACACAUAAGAUAAUUCAUACUGGAAGAAACCUUACAAAUGUGAAGAAUGUGGCAAAGCCUUUAAAUGGUCCUCAAAUCUUACUAAACAUAAGGUAAUUCAUACUGAAGAGAAACCCUACAAAUGUGAAAAAUUUGGCAAAACCUUUUACCAGUCUUCAAACCUUACUAACCAUAAGAGAAUUCAUACUGGAGAGAAACACUAAUAAUGUGAAUGUCUUAAAAUCUUACUACUAACAAAAGUCUUCUUACUGUCAAAAGAUCUAUCAGAAAAUGUGUCUUUAAAGCACAGAAGAGUAUUUGUUUUGAAAAAGCAUUAACAAAUAUGAAGAGGUUUGUGAUCCCUUUACUUGUAUCACAGAUGUUAUUGCACACAUUUUGUACUAGAGGAGAAUCCUGAGGCAGUUGUUAAAAUUUUGUUCAACAUCAGUGAGUUUAUAUUGAGGAAAACCCUGCAGAUGUAAUGAAUUUGGGAAAGUAUUUUUCCAAACACUACAAAUUAUAAAACACUAGAGAGUUUAUACUAAAAUAUGUUUUUGCAGAUACAGUAAAUAUGAAAGAUACUCAGUCCAAAAUUAAGUCUAUGUAAAUAUUGGAAUAAUUCACAGUAGAAAUAUCUAGGGCACUCAAACUUUAGACAUUAAAUCAGAAUGCUGAGUAUAGGAAAUAAUAUAAACUAUAGUUUGUGUAAACAUCAGUUAUAUAUAACUUUAAAAGAAGUAGAAUAUUUUGGAGUUACAAUAUUACAUUCAAAGUAAACUUGUCAAAAUAUGGGAUUUUUAAAAUGAAUAAUAAUGGAGUUAAACUCUUAAAUUCAUGCUGUUUCAUCAUUCCUGGUGUAUUCACAUGUGAAAACAUGAGACUAAUUGUUGCUGAAUAAAAGAUUUGAGAGAUUCAUUUAUAUUAGGUAGGCGUUAUUUAUGACCUUUUCUAUGGAAAGGUAAGGACAUUAAGAUACAUGAUGAAAAUUUAAGCAGAGAGGCUCUUUGUGGUUAACUUAUAAUAUUGAGUGAUGCAUGAGGUAGGUGUUCAGAGUAAUAUUCUGCAUAAUUAUCAAAAACAUUCUUAAAUUUAGUUAAAAUUAAGUAGUAUGCUAUUUAUUGUACUUUUAUGGAAUAAUAUGCAGUAUAUUUUUAAAUUAUGUGUGAACUUAACUUUUCAAUUCAACAUUUUUAACAUGUUAAAUACUAUUGUGAAGUUUUACAGCAUACAUCCUGAUCUCACAUUCUUAGCAAAAUGACACUGGCUUUGGGCAUGCAAAGAAUGAGCAUAUUACAGACAACCUUAAGACACAUCACAUGGCCUGGCUUACCUGAUGCAAUUUUUAAUUUUUCUGAAGUAACCUCAAAUUACUUCUCUGGAGUAAAGUCAAAUUUCAAACAUGUAUUUGUUUGUUAACGUAUUUGAUUGUUUUCCUCAGGGACUUCACAGAAAAUAUAUACAACUUUCAUUCAGUUAAUCUUACCACAGUAGAUGGUCUAACACAUCCAGAAGACAGCCAUAUGUAAGACAUGCCCAUAACCCAAAUCAUAGAAAAGUUAACACACCAGGUUCUUGACGAAGCAACAGUAUAACCAUGCAAAUACACAGAUGUUUCAGAAAAAAUAACAUCACCCUAUGGACAACAUGUAAGGUGACAACUAUCCAGGGCUCUCCAAAAUCCGUCACUAUGAACGGCUUAUCUAAAAGUUGGCUUAAAAAUACUUGUCACCACAAAUUGGUUCUAAACAUACUAUUGAUUCCAAUUUUGGAUUUUCAAAACAAGAUAAUAGGCUGGUAAGAUAUAUUUAUAACUAACUUGUAAUUAGACUUCUAAAUGCACGCAUAUGCUUGGGUCCAGUGAGGCAAAAAAAACUGAGUUAUUGGUAGAUUACCUUAAGAUUUAAUUUUUCAAAAAACAUACUUAAGCUUAGUUUUAGAAGUAUUCUUCCCAGCAUCUCUUCACCAAGGGAUUUCAGUUUUAAAAAGUGAGAGGUAGGGAGGGCUUUUAAAAGUUUUAUUCCUUUGUAUUCAGUUUAUCUUGUCCUAUACAGAAAUGGAAUAAAGUGUGGUGUCUGUCCUAAUGUUA